CAGGGGAGCAGGACGUCUUCAUAUACCUUGCAAUGACGUUGGCCCCCUACUGUCUGGACCCCUUGACAGGGACGAGCUGCUUAUGCCGAGUCCUGUUUCGUCGGUCAGGGGGCCCCGAGAGGGCCCCGAGAGUCCGACCAUCUCAGAAACCGAGGGUUGACCGGCAGAUCCCGUGCCGCCCAAGCCCACGGCGCGCGCCCCCUUCCCGCAAGUCCGCGCCCCCUGCCCCCCCCGCGCGGCAGAGCCCUCGAUGGCGCUCCGCGCCGGGGCCUCGGCGGCUCUGGCGCUCGUCCUGGCGGCGGCCGGGGUUGACGCGCCCCGGCGAGUGGUUGGCCCUGCCCGCGGCGCAGGCGUGCCUCGACCUGAUCAGGGGGCCCGCGGGGCGGGCCAAGCAGCACAUGCAGGCCCUGGCUCGCUACUACGAGAGCUUCUACACGUUCGCCCACAUCGCCUCGGACCCCACGGCCGGCAACUACACCUUCGACCCGGCGUUCGCAGACCUCGGCAUCUACGGGGGGGCGAACGGCGGGGCGCCCGCCAAUGUCAGCGGGGUGGACCUCGUGGGCGAUUGGCAGGAGAUCGCCGACAGCAUCCCAGUCGAGGGCACCUACCCAAUCCAGAACUGGGUCGCGCCUGCCAACGCAGCAAUUCACAAGCUGCGCGACUGCCACGUGGACAUAUGGGCAGAGGGCUCGAUUCUGCCAGUCCGACUCUUGAAUUUGUUCGUGCUGAGGCUCGCGGACAUGAGCGACGACCUAGUCAGCAUUCAGAUCUCUGCUGAUCAAGAGAAGGUAAAGAUCAACGGCGAACUCAAGCCGAUUGUGACGGAGCGUAAGAGUGGCAGCGUCAUCAAGAGUAUCGACCAGCAGCCUCCCAUGCGGUGGCUGACAGAGAAUAUCGCCUUGUCUCCAACAUUUGGCGAUUACUGUGCCAAGAGCCUUGGGGGGCGCAUGAACCAAGUUGUGGCCGACAUCAGCAGAGGCAUAGAGUACCAUUUGGGGACAUUGGGUCCGCUUGACGGCCUAAAUCCUGGUAGCGUCAGCGUGGAGUUCGAGGGAGGGUACAGUGCGCAAUGGGUUUGGAGGGUCGGUGUAUUUCCUGGCAGCUUUCUCCAGGGCACGGGGGGCAACUGCGCGGAUUUCGCAUGCCUGGUCGACAAUGCGCCCAAGUGGCUGGAAAGAUCUGGAGAGUUCGGGAAGCUCGUAGAGCUCACAGCCAAGUAUCUGAACGGAAACCUGACCGAUAAUGCGUUGUCUCUGCUCUCUUCCGAGCCUGCGCCUCGCAGGACCUCGCCAUCGCCGCCGAGUGUAGCUCCAGUGGCCGCCUCGCUCCCAGACGAUGUGUUCGCGUGGAUAGGAGAUCCGAGCGACGCGCUCGGGUACCUUGCAUUCAGGAGCCGCUCGGACGGAACGGAGUUCGGCCUGCUCAAGUACACCACCUUUGUUGUUUCGCAUUUGGCCGACGUGCUGGCCGACGAGUGGGCGAAGUUUGUCCAGGAGGCGCGCAGCCGUGGUGUCACUCGGCUGCUGGUGGACUUCGUGGGAAACGGCGGGGGUGCUGUGUGGCUUGCGUACCAGUUUGUGCAGAUGAUGAUGCCGGAGCUGGAGUACAAGCAGACGUGCGGAUCCCUGAAUCGCCCGAUCCCGGAGGCGUACAACCUGUGGAGCAAGAUCAACCCUCUUCCAAUUGAACAGUUCAUCUCGCCCGAGCUCGGCCCUGGUCUCCAGGCAGAUAGGAGGGCUGAGCUGGAGGCGGACCCCGCUAAGGCUGUUCUCAACAGCGUACGGGCACUUCUGAACGCCGUGAAGGAGUUCGGGCUGUUGGAGGAGGUCGGGCUGGCAAACAUUACCUCCAUCUUGGGCGUUCUGGCAUCUGCGGACGUGACUUGGGAGUCGGGGUGGGAGAGCGUCCAGUCGCUCCAACCUCUAUACGCUGAUCUGUGCCCCAAUCCAUUUAUCUCUGGUGGUAAUCCACAAUAUUCUACUGCAUACCAGCAUCCGCGUCCUGCGCAGAGUGGCAAGUACACCAGGAACUUCACCGCUCGGGUCUACGUCUGUCCCAAGACCACAGCGGGCCUGGGUGGCAUCAUUGCGCACCCCUUCGAGGACAUCGUCUUCGUAUCUGAUGGCACUUGCGGCAGCAGCUGUUACAUGGCUGCGCAGACGACUUGGGCUGCCGCCAGGGCGUGGAGCAACCGGUCGGUGCGCUUCGUUACUUGGGGUGGCGUCGGCGGAUCGGCCGAUGAGAACAAGAAGACUUUGUCCCCGACCGCAUUUCCAGGGGGGAACGUGUACAAGAACGGAGCCGUCAUGGUCCGCAGCAUUCUCAGCUGCUUGCUGGUCCAGCUCAGCCUCGCGUUCACCGUCGGCUCUGACGAGCUUGUGUCGCAACUCAUUGACGUCUGGAACGAGAUGACUUCGAUGGUGCCCCUCUACUCUGCGACCGAGCCCCCAUACUUCACGCAGAGCCAGGUCUACCAGCCGGCGUUCGGGAAAAACGCUCCUCCCGGGGAGUACGUGUUCACGCCCACGGACCUCGUCCUGCCAGCUUGGUUCUCUGGUGUGGCAGGAAGUGAUGCAUCGAGGUGGAAUGUCACGCAGUUGGAUGCCAUGCAUCAGAUGGCGGCGCAGGCUUUCGAGUGACCGCAGGUAUGUCAGCCUGCGGCAAUAAUUACUGCCGAUAGGAUCACCCUACGGCGUCCCUACGGGUGAUAAGGAGGUUGGGGUGGGACUGGGGAGGCGGUCGAUUUGCGAUUUGCGAUGGCCAUGGGUUCUUUGGUGGUUUCUUUAAUUUUUCUGUUGUCGCGCACAUCUGCCCAUCUAUCUAUCGACCUAUCUAUCGAAUUAUCUAUUGCUGAG